AUGCACUCAAUUGUCUGCUGCCAGCUAAGAGCCCUACUCACUGAGAAACUGAUGGAAUUCCAGAAUAAACGUGGAGGCCGAGUCCUCCUGCAGGAUGUCAAGAAGCCAGAGCAGGAUGAGUGGGGCAGUGGUCUGGAGGCAAUGCAGAGAGCUCUGCAGAUGGAGAAGGAUGUGAACCAGAGUCUGUUGGAUCUGCACAAACUCUCCUCUGACCACACGGACCCUCAUCUGUGUGACUUCCUGGAGAGGCACUACUUGGAUGAGCAAGUGAAGAUGAUCAAGAAGCUGGGAGAUCACAUCACCAACCUGAAGAGACUGGGAGCCCCUGAGAAUGGCCUGGGAGAGUACCUGUUUGAUAGACUCAGCCUGAGUUGA